UGUCCUCUUUGACCCGUGCUGUCUACUUUUAACAUGUUUUUGUGGCUAAACUCCCUUUCCCUACCCUUUUGGAAUGGGAGUGUGCAAUAGGAGAGGUGGUGUUAACUGCAAGGGAUGAAUAUGUCCUGGAGGACAGGAAGAGUGAGAGUGAGGGACUAGUCACUAACUGAUCGUCUUGGUGUUCAGCUCCGUGUCACAGCCCUAAAUGGACAACAUCUUCUUGCAGAUCACCUAUAAAUCUAAUUGGAAGAUAGCGAUCUAUACAGUUUGAAACAUUCAACUGCACGUGUCUUCAUACUGUAAAACCCCACGGUCGCGGAUCCCUUUGGAUAUUUUAAAUGCAGGAGCCUGUGCGCUUGCCAAUCAAUUGGUACGGUGGAACCGAGCAAGGCUGCAAUAGCGUGGAGAUCAGGCGUCUCUCUCUCUCUCUCUUUUCUGAAUGUUGGGAGCCUUGGACAAUGUCGUACCCACAGUUCGGAUAUCCCUACACAUCAGCACCUCAGUUCCUGAUGACCACCAAUCCCCUGACUACGUGCUGUGAGUCAAGCGGCAGGACGCUGGUGGAUUCAGGGGCUGCCGCCUCUGCUCAAACCCCUGUCUAUUGUCCCAUGUAUGAGAGCAGGCUGCUGGCCACAGCCAGACAUGAGCUCAACUCAGCUGCUGCCCUCGGAAUGUAUGGGAGCCCGUAUGCCACCAACCAGGGAUAUGGCAACUAUGUCACCUAUGGGACAGAACCCUCUGCUUUCUAUUCAUUGAGUCCUUUUGACACCAAGGAUGCAGCAGGAUCUGCGCAUGCGGGAAUCACCCAGGCAGCUGCCUAUUAUCCAUAUGAUCCUAGCUUGGGACAGUAUCAGUAUGACAGAUAUGGUGCGGUGGAUGCGGGAGCCAGGCGUAAAAAUGCAACCCGGGAAACCACCAGUACGCUGAAAGCUUGGCUGCAGGAGCACAGGAAGAACCCGUACCCGACCAAAGGAGAGAAGAUCAUGCUGGCCAUCAUCACCAAGAUGACCCUGACCCAGGUCUCCACCUGGUUCGCCAACGCCAGGAGGAGACUCAAGAAAGAGAAUAAAAUGACCUGGUCGCCCAGGAAUAAAUGCACCGAUGACAAGAAAUCUUACGAUGAGGAAGAAGAUGAAAGUCCAAACGAUAAAAGCCCGCAAGAUAAACACAAUGAUGAUCCCACGUGCAAAGAAGACAAAGAGCUGCAGCUGAGUGACCUCGAUGACUUUGAUGGGAUGGAGACAGAAAGUGAUGAGUGUGAAUUGAAAGGCCCAUUUCAGCAAAUGGACAGCAAUCAGAUCAGGGUCUCCGAUUGCCCGACUGACCAGUGCAAGAAGUUCUCUUUAAAGAUCCCCCUGCCAACACCGGUAGAUCGCCAUUCUGAAAAGGUCAAGGAUUGUCUCAAGCGAGUGAUAGCUAAUUCCGAGCAAGACCUACUGGCAGGAAGACAGAGAGGAUGCGAGUCCAAGCUUUGCUUCCAGCAGCAGCAGCAGAGUCAGCAGAUGCUCGAGAACAAGCCGCGGAUCUGGUCCCUAGCUCAAACAGCUACUUCUUUGAGCCAAACUGAAUAUCCAUCUUGCAUGUUGAAACGGCAUCAACAGGCCAUCUCCUCCUCGCCUCCCUUGACCUCUAUGCCUGCCACCGUGGUGGAUAGACAAGAUUCCCCAGUAACCACCCUAAGGAAUUGGGUGGAUGGGGUUUUCCACGACCCUCUACUCAGACACAGCACUUUGAACCAGGCACUAACCAACACCACCGUUUCCUGGGCCACCACCAAAGGUGCUUUCUUGGAUACAGAGGCAAUGGGACGUUCUUUGGGAACUCCUACAAAUAUGAUUAAAGGACAGCUCACAGGCUUACCCCAACAAGAAACUAAUAAGGACCUCUCAGCAUUUCCUAAAACAGGAAACAAAAUGUUUUGUUCAUAACAAAUCCAGAUGGUAUGGACUUUUUUUCGGGAGCCUUGUGGUGGGGCUACGAAGAGGCAAACUUUAACUUUGAGACGUUCUAUUCACAAACCCAGCCCGUCUUUUAUUAGAACUUUAUAUAUUUCAUCACUGUUUUAAGCGUUUCACAAAAUAACUGCAGUUAUUUCAAGAGCUCUUUAACUGAAUAGUGCUGUGUAAUUUAUUCAAGUCCAUGUUGGAAAGCACGUCUAAACUAUAGUAUAGACAUAUCGGUUACGUUUACAAUCCCAGAGUUUACAGGAGUUGGGUACCAUGGGUUGGAAUUCGCAGUCUGCUUGAAAGCAUGCAAAUAUAAUUCCCCGAAAAUCCAGUUUUGGAAAAAAAUAUUUAUGCUACCAUCAAGCUCUGCCAAUGGAUCACAAGCAACAC